AUGACGCUCGGACGCGUCGCCGAGCUGCUCGCCUCGCCCGGGCUCGCGCUCUUUGCGCAGCCGAGACUCCUCGCUGAGCUCGAUCAGGUGAAGGCGAGCGGGCUCUCGGGCUGCGUCCUCGAUGAGACAGAAUGCCCGAUGCGACCGGCGGGCAGUGCCACAGCCACAUUGCCACAACCGGAGAUCCGCCUCGUUGCCGCCAGCGGCGAGUGCGAGUGCGCGCACGAUGUGCGGCGCGACGCUGCCGGCGGGUGGUCGGCCGACGCGCCGCGAUCGGGCCCCAGCUCCGGCGGGCCGCGCCACUACGCCAUCUCGGACGACCGUCUCCUCCUUCGGAUCCAGGCGCCAGAGUCUGCCGUACCGUCCGUCAACUCGGCGCUGCAGCUCGACGCGCUCCGCGUGCUGGAGAGCAGCACCGCCGGCGGCAUCGACUGGCUGGUGAGCCUCGACGAGGAGGAGGAGGAGGAGGGCGUGGCGCUCGGCGUCGCCUCGCAGCUACCGGGCCCGUUCCGCAGCUGGGCGGACCGGCUGGAGGACGCCUUCGGCGGCCGCGUCGCGCCCAUCCAGUUCGACCCGCGCGAAGCCGACCCCUUUAUCCUCUUGGUGCAUCACCGGCACGCCUUCCGACCGCUCGACUUCCUGCGGCCGCUCUUUAGCGCAGCCAUCAUGCCAGAGGGCUUUCCUGCGCACCCGCACCGCGGCUUCGAGACGGUGACGUAUGUGCUUCCCGGCCGCGCGGGGCUGGUCCACCGCGACUCGGAGGGCUGCCGGAUGCGAUACGGCGACGGAGCGGUGCAGUGGAUGACGGCAGGCCGCGGGAUGCUCCACGAGGAGAUGUGGGACACCGGCGCGAGCGUCGACGCGGAGCUGUACCAGCUGUGGGUGAACCUGCCACCGCGAAGCAAGCUGGUGCAGCGCGAGGGCAGCACGCCGGUCCGGACAGGCCGCGUCCUCGACGAGGGCGCGACGCGUGACAGGACACGCCGCGUCAUCGACGAGGUCUCGGCCGACGGCGCGGUGCGCGUGCGCGGGAUCGCGCGGCCGCCGGCGGAAGAGGAGGCUGCAGCGGCGGAGGCGGCGGCGGGGGAGGCGGGGGAGGCGGGGGAGGCGGGGGAGGCGGGGGAGAUGGGGAUCUCUCGAGGAAUGCAGGCCGCUGGGUGCCGCCGCGCUGGCGCGGGAGGCGCCGAGACGUACUCGCCGAUGCGGAUCGAGCACGUCGAGAUCGGGGCGGGAGGCGUGUACGAGCAGUCGCUCCCCGAGGGCUGGACGUGCAUAGUCUACGUGCGGCGCGGUACCGUGGCGGUGGGCGGGGAGGAGGUUGGCAUGCACGAGACGUGCCAGUUGGCGCGCCGCGGCGGGGACGGCCUCUCGCUGGCGUGCGUGGGCGGGCGGGCCGCCGACGUGCUCGUGCUCGCCGGCGAGCCGCUGGGCGCUCCGGUGGUCGCCUCGGGCACGAUGGCUGAGGUGGACCGGGCGGUGAUCGACUACCGCCGCGGCGAGUUUGGGCUCCCGUGGGAGCACACGCUUAGCGACGAGGAGUGGGCGCGGCGGUGCGACGAGCGGCAGGCUGAGAGGGGGCGGGGGACCGGUGGCGGCGUGGAUGAGGAUGGCGUGCGAUCGCCGUUCCCAUGA